AUGUAGUAGAAUUAUUAAGUUGUUAUAUUAGCCGGAGGUUAAGGUACUGAAUUGUAUCCUCUUUGCGAAAGAUUCCCAAAGGCUCUUUUACCAGUUAACAAUAAGCCUCUGAUUAUUUACUAGUUAGAAAAAUUAGAAAGCAAUGGAUUUACAAAUGUGCUUAUACUUACCUCUAAGAACACAAGUAAAAUUGAAAGAUAUAUAAAGGAAUAUUACUAAGGCUAGGUUAAAUAUGAGUUGAUAACAAUUCCAGAUGAAAAAAAAGAAACAUUUGAAGCAAUCAGACAUGUUUCAAAUAAAAUAAAUAAAGACUUUAUUCUUAUUGCUUGUGACUCAAUUACUGAUUUAGGCUUAGACGAUGUAAUCGAAUAGCAUAUUUUAACUGGAGCUUAUUUGACAGCUGUUUUAAAGGAAGAUAAAGUUGAUGAAGAAAAUAACAAAAUCAUCAACCCAAGUUCUUCAGCUGAUAACCAUGAUGUAUUCCUUAUCGAUGAGACAAAUAAUAAGAUUUUGUAUGUGAACUCUUUCUAUGAAAUAAAAGAAAAUGGAUUAAAAAUAAAAAAAUCUAUUUUGGCAAGCAACCCCGAAGCAAGCAUUAAAACUAAUCUUUUUGAUUCCCACAUAUAUAUUUGCAAAAGACAAAUCCUUUAAAUAUUGUGUAAAUUAGAAAAGAAGGUAAGUGAUACAAUUUCUUCUUGGAAAGAAGAUUUGUUCCCAUUUUUAGUAAGAAAUCAGUAAAACUAAAACUUACUCGAACUCUUGGAUGAGAUUAAAAAGAGUGAACACGAAGAAGAAGAAUAACAAUAUGGUUUACUAAACAAAGAUGAAAGCAGUGAAGAAAAAAUAUCUAAUAUUCCCAUAAUAGCUUUUAUAACUAAUAAAAAUUACAUUAAAAGAGCUAAUAAUAUCAAAGAUUAUAUAUAAGGAAACUUCGAUUGUAUUAAAACUGAUAAAGUCAUGCCAGAAUCCUAUGUUGAAAUCUUCUAAAAUAAUGGUAUCCCUCUUAUCUCUAUCUAAGAAUCUGAUAUUAAAAUUAACUAAAGUAAUAUUGCUGAUAAAUCAUAGAUAGGUCCUAAAGUAUAAAUUAAUAAAUCUAUCAUUGGACCAUAAUGCAAGAUUGGAGAUGGUGUUAAAAUUUCUAACUGUAUUAUAUUUAAAGAAGUCACCAUUGAGUAAGGAUGCGUCUUAUAAAACUGUAUCAUUGGAAACAAAGCCACUAUUAAGUAAAAUUCUAAACUUAAUGACUGUUAGAUUGGUGUUAAUGGUGUUGUAGAAGCAAACAGCUCUCUUUCUGCUGAAGUUGUUGUUCAAGAAGACAAUUGA